AUGACGUCGCUCAAGAGUACGUCGGUCCUCCACGAUGUGCGGACUGCCGAAAACAGCGCUGCCUAUUUGCUGCCCAAGCUGCAAUCUAUGAAAGAAUCCAACCCUCGGUUGACGCUUUUAGACGUCGGUGCUGGCUCAGGCACAAUCUCUGUGAGUUUCGCCAAGCUCGUCCCAGAUGGCCACGUUACCGGCGUCGACGUCAACCCCAACAUCUUGCCACGGGCACGAGCUGCCGCUGAAGGGGCUGGCGUCAAGAACAUCGACUUCCAUCAGGGCAGUGUCUACAAGCUGCCCUUCGACGACGAGACAUUUGACAUCACCUUUUGUCAUCAGGUGCUCAUCCACAUUGGCACCCCCUGGGAUGCGCUGCGUGAAAUGCUCCGGGUAACAAAGCGAGGCGGCAUCGUCGCGGCUCGUGAGGGCGACUACGAGACGGAGUGCGUCUGGCCCGAACUUCCCGAGCUGUCCAAGUUCCAUAAAUUCAUGGCAGGCCUUAUGAGUGCCGGCGGUGGUGACCCAAAGGCAGGCCGACAGUUGCUGUCUUGGGCCCUCAAGGCCGGUGCCGAGCGAAGCCAAAUCACGCUCAGCUAUAGUACAUCGUCAUACAGCACACCGAGCGAGAAGAAAGUCUGUUGGGGUUCUUUGAGCGAGAAGGCCCUAAAGUUCGGCCUAGGUACUGAGGAUGAUUUUGAAGCAAUGGCCAAGGCUUGGGAAGAGUGGGCGGAGAGGGAUGAUGCAAGCUUGGCCAUGCUUCAAGGAGAAAUCCUCGUCCAAAAGUAA